GGCUGCUGGGGCUGGGGCAGCAGCUGGGCGCAGAUCCCCGAGGCCGCGCUGCUCGUUCUCGCCACUAUCUGUCUCGCGCACGCGCUCACGGUCCUCUCGGGGCAUUGGUCCGUGCACGCGCACUGCGCGCUCACCUGCACCCCGGAGUAUGACCCCAGCAAAGCGACCUUCGUGAAGGUGGUACCAACCCCCAACAAUGGCUCCACUGAGCUCGUGGCCCUGUACCGUGAUGAGGGCGAAGAUGGACUCGAGGUACUCUCCUUUGAGUUCCAGAAGAUCAAGUACUCCUACGAUGCCCUCGAGAAGAAGCAGUUCCUCCCUGUGGCCUUUCCCGUGGGAAACACCUUUUCAUACUAUCAGAGCAGCAGAGGGUUCCAGGAAGACUCGGAGAUCCGAGCAGCUGAGAAGAAAUUUGGGAGCAACAAGGCCGAGAUGGUGGUGCCUGACUUCUCGGAGCUUUUCAAGGAGAGAGCCACUGCCCCCUUCUUUGUGUUUCAGGUGUUCUGCGUGGGACUCUGGUGCCUGGAUGAGUACUGGUACUACAGUGUCUUCACGCUGUCCAUGCUGGUGGCAUUUGAGGCCUCCCUGGUGCAGCAGCAGAUGCGGAACAUGUCGGAGAUCCGGAAGAUGGGCAACAAGCCCCACAUGAUCCAGGUCUACCGAAGCCGCAAGUGGAGGCCCAUCGCCAGUGACGAGGUUGUCCCCGGGGACAUUGUCUCCAUUGGCCGCUCCCCACAGGAAAACCUGGUGCCAUGUGAUGUGCUGCUGCUGCGUGGCCGCUGCAUCGUGGACGAGGCCAUGCUCACAGGGGAGUCAGUGCCGCAGAUGAAGGAGCCAAUUGAAGACCUCAGCCCAGACCGGGUGCUGGACCUUCAGGCCGACUCUCGGCUCCACGUUAUCUUUGGGGGCACCAAGGUGGUGCAGCACAUCCCACCUCAAAAAGCUACCACGGGCCUGAAGCCAGUUGACAGUGGGUGCGUGGCCUAUGUCCUACGGACCGGAUUCAACACGUCUCAGGGCAAGCUGCUGCGCACAAUCCUCUUUGGGGUCAAGAGGGUGACUGCAAACAACCUGGAGACCUUCAUCUUCAUCCUCUUCCUCCUGGUGUUUGCCAUUGCGGCAGCCGCCUACGUGUGGAUCGAAGGCACCAAGGACCCCAGCCGGAACCGCUACAGAUUGUUUCUGGAGUGCACCUUGAUCCUCACCUCCGUCGUCCCCCCCGAGCUACCCAUUGAGCUGUCCCUGGCUGUCAACACCUCCCUCAUCGCCCUGGCCAAGCUCUACAUGUACUGCACGGAGCCCUUCCGGAUCCCCUUUGCUGGCAAGGUGGAGGUGUGCUGCUUUGACAAGACGGGGACUUUGACUAGUGACAGCCUGGUGGUGCGUGGUGUGGCUGGACUGAGAGAUGGCAAGGAGGUGACUCCUGUGUCCAGCAUCCCUGUGGAAACACACCGGGCCCUGGCCUCGUGCCACUCCCUCAUGCAGCUGGAUGACGGCACCCUUGUGGGUGACCCCCUCGAGAAGGCCAUGUUGACGGCCGUGGACUGGACGCUGACCAAAGAUGAGAAAGUAUUCCCCCGAAGUAUUAAAACUCAGGGGCUGAAAAUUCACCAGCGCUUUCAUUUUGCCAGUGCCCUGAAGCGAAUGUCCGUGCUUGCCUCAUACGAGAAGCUGGGCUCCACCGACCUUUGCUACAUCGCGGCUGUGAAGGGGGCCCCCGAAACCCUGCACUCUAUGUUCGCCCAGUGCCCGCCCGACUACCACUACAUCCACACCGAGAUCUCCCGAGAGGGGGCCCGCGUCCUGGCGCUGGGGUACAAGGAACUGGGGCACCUCACUCACCAGCAGGCCCGGGAAGUCAAGCGGGAAGCCCUAGAGUGCAGCCUCAAGUUCGUUGGCUUCAUCGUAGUCUCCUGCCCACUCAAGACUGACUCCAAGGCUGUGAUCCGGGAGAUCCAGAAUGCAUCCCACCGGGUGGUCAUGAUCACAGGAGACAACCCACUCACCGCCUGCCAUGUGGCCCAGGAGCUGCACUUCAUUGAAAAGGCCCAUACACUGAUCCUGCAGCCUCCCUCAGAGAAAGGCGAACCAUGCGAGUGGCGCUCCAUUGAUGGCAGCGUCGUGCUGCCCCUGGCCCAGGGCUCCCCGAAGGCCCUGACUCUAGAGCAUGCAUUAUGCCUCACAGGCGAUGGCCUGGCCCACCUGCAGGCCACCGACCCACAGCAGCUGCUCUGCCUCAUCCCCCACGUGCAGGUGUUUGCCCGUGUGGCCCCCAAGCAGAAGGAGUUCGUCAUCACCAGCCUGAAGGAGCUGGGCUAUGUGACCCUCAUGUGCGGAGAUGGCACCAACGACGUGGGUGCUCUGAAGCACGCCGAUGUGGGUGUGGCGCUCCUGGCCAAUGCCCCUGAGCGGGUGGUCGAGCGGCGGCGGCGGCCUCCCCGGGACAGCCCAACCCUGAGCAACAGUGGCCUCAGAGCCACCUCCAGGACAGCCAAGCAGAGGUCAGGUCUCCCACCCCCUGAGGAGCAGCUGGCCUCCCAGAGGGACCGCCUGAGCCAGGUACUGCGGGACCUCGAGGAUGAGAGCACACCCAUCGUGAAGCUGGGGGACGCCAGCAUCGCUGCACCCUUCACCUCCAAGCUCUCAUCCAUUCAGUGCAUCUGCCACGUGAUCAAGCAGGGCCGCUGCACGCUGGUGACCACACUGCAGAUGUUCAAGAUCCUGGCACUCAACGCCCUCAUCCUGGCCUACAGCCAGAGUGUCCUCUACCUGGAGGGCGUCAAGUUCAGUGACUUCCAGGCCACCCUGCAGGGGCUGCUGCUGGCCGGCUGCUUCCUCUUCAUCUCCCGUUCCAAGCCCCUCAAGACACUCUCGAGAGAGCGGCCCCUGCCCAACAUCUUCAACCUGUACACAGUCCUCACCGUGAUGCUGCAGUUCUUUGUGCACUUCUUGAGCCUCGUCUACCUGUACAGUGAGGCUCAGGCCCGGAGCCCCGAGAAGGAGGAGCAGUUUGUGGACCUGUACAAGGAGUUUGAGCCGAGCCUGGUCAACAGCACCGUGUACAUCAUGGCCAUGGCCAUGCAGAUGGCCACCUUCGCCAUCAACUACAAGGGCCCUCCCUUCAUGGAGAGCCUGCCUGAGAACAAGCCCCUGGUUUGGAGUCUGGCGGUGUCACUCCUGGCCAUCGUAGGCCUGCUCCUUGGCUCCUCACCUGACUUCAACAGCCAGUUUGGCCUCGUGGAUAUCCCUGUGGAGUUCAAGCUGGUCAUCGCCCAGGUCCUGCUCCUGGACUUCUGCCUGGCGCUCCUGGCCGACCGUGUCCUGCAGUUCUUCCUGGGGACCCCGAAGCUGAAAGUGCCUUCCUGAGAUGGCAGUGCUGGCACCCACUGCCCACCCUGGCUGCUGCCGGGCGGGAACCCUGCCAGGGCCCUGGGAGGAAAUCCUGCCCCAAACCCCAUGGCAAGGCUGUAUAGCCCAGCCUCUGGAAGACUAAGCUGGGACCCCUUGGCCAUCUGAUGGCCUGGCUAGCGGAAUCAGCCCUGGGGCAGCACCUUUGGUAAAUAAAGCAGCAUUUGAGAUUUUAA